CCCCCACACCCCGGGAAAUGCACCUCCACCCUUCUUAUUAUAUGCUCCCUCCCUCCCCAUAUUUCCUCUCUAAUUUAUAUUUAAAUUCCACCACUCCUUCCUCACGUUCCCUUCUCUCACUGUACAACACAAGGUCACAAACGCAUCGUCAUCGUCAUCUUCAUCCCUGUUUUAGCUUUCCAUACUAUUUCAAUCCCACCAAAUAGUCAAACUCUCCAACAUGACAACCUACGGAACCAUCCCGACAUCAUCCGCGCCGGGACCUUCUACGAAUCUCGAAUACAUCUCUCGUGCCAAAGAGAGGAUCAAGGCCGGCCUCGGCACCCGCCGCCCAUGGAAGCUCAUGUUCAAUUUCCGCUCCCUCGCCCUCCCCUCCGGCCUAGGCGAUGUCUUCUCCAGGGUCCGCACCAACGUCGGCUUCUUCCGCAUGAACUAUGCCAUCGUCGUCCUGCUUAUCCUCUUCCUCAGCCUGCUGUGGCACCCCAUAUCGCUCAUCGUGUUCGUGGUCAUGAUGGCCGUGUGGCUGUUCCUCUACUUCCUGCGCGACGAGCCGCUGGCGAUCUUCAACCGCACGAUCGAUGACAGGGUGGUGCUGAUCGUGCUGGCGGUUCUGACGAUUGUGUUCUUGUUGCUGACGCACGCCACGUUGAAUAUUCUGGUGGCGCUGUUGAUCGGCGUGGUGUUAAUCCUGGUGCACGCAGCCGUGAGGCGGACCGAAGAUCUGUCCUUGGAUGAAGAGGCCGCUGGCUUGAUGACCGGAGUUCGCGGUAGCCCCGGAUCUAUUUCCUCUUAAAUUAAAAUUUUUUUUUUUUUCCUUUUUUUUUUUUUUUUUGGCUCUCCAAUUCGCUAAUUUUAUUUUUUGGGCGACCCAAAUUGUUUUUUUUUUUUUUUAGUUUAAUUAUUUGUUGAGGUUUUCAAUUGGUGAUAAGUGUGAGAAGUAUUGAUCGUUGGUCCUA